AUGAUGCCUUCGAUAACCAUGUCGAAAACUGUAUGCGUGAUAGGUAGCGGUCCGUCAGGGCUCGUGGCUGCCCGGGAGCUGAGGAAGGAAGGCCACAAGGUGGUGGUUUUUGAACAAAACCAUGAUGUUGGAGGGCAAUGGCUAUAUGACCCUGAAAUAGAGGAUGAGGAGCCCUUGGGAAGGGAUAAUUUCUUAAAGAUACAUAGUAGUAUAUAUGCAUCAUUGAGAUUGGUUUCACCUAGGGAAAUUAUGGGGUUCACUGAUUUUCCAUUUGGAAUGAAAAAGGGGAGGGAUAUGAGGAGAUUCCCCGGCCAUAAGGAGCUUCUUUUGUAUUUAAAAGAUUUUUCUGAAUGUUUUGGAUUAAGAGAAAUGAUAAGGUUUAAUACUAGGGUUGAGAAGGUGGAGAUGUUGAGUUUUCCUACUUCGGGUAAUAAUUUGAAGUGGAUUGUGAAAAGUAAAGAGAAAAUGGCGGACAAGGUGGUGGAGGAAGUUUACGACGCAGUGGUUGUGGCCACCGGCCACUACUCUAAGCCUAGGUUGCCUAAAAUUAAAGGAAUGGAUGCAUGGAAGAGAAAGCAACUACAUAGCCACAUUUACAGGGUCCCAGAACCAUUUAGAAAUGAGGUAGUAGUGGUUAUUGGAAGUUCAUUAAGUGGGCAGGACAUAUCAAUGGAGCUUGUAGAUGUGGCAAAAGAAAUUCACCUAAGUGCCAAAUCUCUAGACAUUUCAGAAGGCUUAUCAAAAAUAAUCUCUAAAUAUGAUAACUUAUACCUUCAUCCCCAGAUUGACUCAUUGCAUGAAGAUGGAAGGGUUUUGUUCAUAGGUGGCUCAUGGCUGAUUGCAGACACCAUUAUAUACUGCACAGGGUACUCAUAUUCAUUUCCGUUUCUUGACACCAAAGGAAUUGUAGUAGUUGAUGAUGAUAGGGUGGGACCCCUCUAUGAACACACGUUUCCUCCAUCACUUGCUCCUUCUCUCUCCUUCAUUGGCAUCCCAAGAAAGCUUAUAGGGUUCCCUUUCUUUGAAUGCCAAGCAAAAUGGAUAUCUCAACUACUGUCUGGGAAAAAAACAUUGCCAUCAUGGGAUGAAAUGAUGCAGUCUAUUGAGGAAUUUUAUCACUCAAGGGAUGUUGCUGGAAUUCCAAAGCACAAUACUCAUGAUCUAGCAGAUUUUGAGUAUUGUGAUAAAUAUGCAGAUUACAUUGGUUUUCCACAUUUAGAAGAAUGGAGGAAAGAACUCUGUCUAUCAGCCCUAAGAAGUUCUGAUGUCAACUUGGAAACUUAUCGUGAUUCAUAUGAAGACGAAGAGAUGCUUCAAGAGGCACAUAAAAGCCCUCACUUCACUCAACUCGGGAACGAGGCUUUCACCCUGUGA